AUGGGUGAGAUUACCGAAAUCAACCAAGAUAGAGGCUUUACUGGUACAGAGAACAAAGAUGGGGUGGAUGUUACCCUCCAAGCAAGAAAAGUCCUGAGCAGUUCUCUAACAACUGUCUUCCUCCCAAUCAUCUACAUUAUUGUGUUUGCUGUGGGUCUGCCCACCAACGCCAUGGCAAUAUGGGUAUUCCUCUUCAGGACCAAGAACAAGCACCCAUCAUCGAUCUACAUGGCAAACUUGGCUCUGGCUGACUUGCUCUUUAUCAUCUGGGUCCCUCUGAAGAUAGCGUACCACUUCAACGGCAACAACUGGAUCUACGGGGAAGGGCUGUGCAAAGUGCUGGUGGCGUUUUUCUAUGGCAACAUGUACUGCUCCAUCGCCUUCAUCGCCUGCAUAAGCGUCCAGCGUUACUGGGCGGUGGUCCACCCGCUGUCCCAGCAGCAGAGGGACACCUGCGUAGCUGUUGCUGUCUCUGUCACAAUCUGGGUGGUGGUCUGGCUUAUCACCAUCCCUCUCUACCUGUAUGAGCAACAGGUCAAAGUAACAAACCUCAAUCCAAACAUCUAUACCUGUCAUGAUGUCACCAGGCCCAGUCAGGCAAAAAUAGCAGCUGGCUACUUCCUGACGAUGGGAACUCUGGGAUUUGUUGCUCCCACUGUCGUAUGUAUCAUAUCCUACGUCCUCAUGCUCAGAGCUCUCAGGAACAGCAUGACAGAUGCUGCCAUCGCCAGGAAGCGACGGAAGGCUGUGGUCUUGAUCAUCACAGUGUUGGUUAUGUUUGUGGUGUGCUUCACUCCCAGUAACAUCAUGCUGCUGGCGCACUACAUCCUUCUGUUGGGUGGUGCCGAAAACAACUUGUAUGGAUUUUACAUCACCACCCUGUGCCUGGCAAGUCUCAACAGCUGCAUUGACCCUUUUGUUUACUACUUUAUCUCUGAGGACUUCAGGAAUCAUGUGAAGAACACGUUCCUCUGCAGGAGCGAGAGGACAGUGGAGAGGAUGAGGGUGUCCUUCAGUGCUUUGAAAUACUCCAAGAAGAACAGCACAUACACGUCUGACUCAGGGAACACAAGGAGCACUGAAUGCUAG